GGAGGGGGUUUUGAAGAGGGGGGGGGUUGUUGCUUUCCUCUCGGCUUUGGGAUCUGCGUGCAAUGCCGACUGCCUACCCUACACACAGCCUUUGUUUGCUCCCAGGACAGAGCCUGGUGGGACUAGAGUUUCUCUGUCCAGCUCUAAAAGGGACUCUGAUCCUCCUCCUGUCUGCAGCGCACUAUGAAGGGCACAAGCAGAUCUGGAGAUGUCGGACUCCUUCGGAGCAGCGGGAACAGAUGCCCAGCAGAACCUGCAGUCCUUCUGGCCCAGGGUCAUGGAGGAGAUCAGGAACCUCACUGUGAAGGAUUUUCGCAUGCAGGAGCUUCCACUUGCUCGCAUCAAGAAAAUCAUGAAGUUGGAUGAGGAUGUGAAGAUGAUCAGUGCUGAGGCUCCAGUGCUGUUUGCCAAAGCAGCUCAGAUCUUCAUCACUGAGCUCACUCUGAGAGCCUGGAUUCACACCGAGGACAACAAACGGCGCACGCUACAGAGGAAUGACAUAGCCAUGGCAAUCACCAAGUUUGACCAGUUUGACUUCCUCAUUGACAUUGUCCCAAGAGAUGACCUUAAGCCACCCAAACGACAGGAGGAAGUGCGUCAGUCGGUUACCUCGACAGAGCCAGUGCAGUACUACUUCACGCUGGCUCAGCAGCCUGGUGCUGUACAGGUGCAGGGGCAACAGCAAGGCCAGCAGGUGGCUACACCCACCACCGCCACCACCCUCCAGCCAGGCCAAAUCAUCAUCGCCCAGCCACAGCAGGGCCAGGUGUUGCAGGGGACCACCAUGCAGCAGCUACAGCAGGUGCAGGUAGCUCAAUCACAGGCUACCCCUAUCACGAGCGCUCCGGUGACCAUGCAGGUGGGCGAGGGCCAGCAGGUGCAGAUAGUGCAGGCAGCUGCACAAGGCCAGGCUCAGGCCCAGGCAGCGCAACCAGCCGGUCAGACCAUGCAGGUCAUGCAGCAGAUCAUCACCAACACAGGAGAGAUUCAGCAGAUCCCUGUGCAGCUGAACACCGGAGGCCUGCAGUACAUCCGUCUGGCUCAGCCAGUUUCAGGAGCACAAGUCGUUCAAGGACAAAUACAGACUCUCACAACCAGCACUCAGCAGGUAUCACAGACAGAAGUGCAGCAAGGGCAACAGCAGUUCAACCAGUUCACUGAUGGUCAGCAGUUGUAUCAGAUCCAGCAGGUGACGAUGCCAGCGGGUCAGGAGCUAACUCAGCCUAUGUUCAUCCAGUCAACGAGUCAGACAGCUGAUGGCCAGGUCAGCACGCAGGUCAGCGCUGACUGAUGCGCCUCACUUCCUCUCUGACGCCCAGGCACUGACUGCGCCGUAACCACACUGCUCCAGACCAGCUCAACCAGAGGGAUCCCUACCACACCACUAUCAAUACCCACACACGGUGCCAUUUUGUUUACCAUGCACAGCCAUAUGCAAUGCCGACAUGGCCGACCGCUCUAACUGCACUUAGCCUUAGAGCUUUUGCUCAUUUCUGACUGCAGUUUUAAAGAACUAUACAGAUGAUCACACCGUGGCAGAAAUGUAUUUUGCUUUUGCCACAGCCAGGGCCAUCCUGGCUAGUUUAGUUCACUCUCCUCCCACCACAGUGUCUGGUAACACAUGUUCAUCCAUGACACUAAAUAACAUUUUCCUGUCUUCAGCCAAACACCACAUUAUUCCAAAUGUAUUUUCUUUAAGGUUACAAAGCAGCCAGUCAGCAAAUCUGCAGUUUUUCCAGACCCGGAAGAAUGUGGGAACAAUGUGUUCAAAUCUAAGCUGAUGUGGUUAUAUGAUCAUAUAACUCAAUCUAUCUAAUCCAAAUGUUGUGGAGCUUAUUAGAUACUUGUCCCCAAAUGAUCCCUGUCGAUCUGAUCUCAGUACAAAGACUCCAAAUGGCCCAGUCUUCCCUGCAGUGUACUUAGAGCAUGUAUUGGUGACGGUGGUCUGAUCGAUGUGUGAAGGCUCCUCUGCCUUGUCUAAGGCCUUGGAGAGUCCUGCCUCUGAGCUUUGUGUGGUUCUGAAUAAAAACUUCUGUCCUGGCUCGAGUUCCUGUUAAGCCCUGAUUUGUUCAUCAUGUCGUCUUGUGUACAAUUCAAAACUUAAUGCUAAAGCCAUAAUCUACACAUCUUGUACAUGUUGAUCUCUGUAGUUUGUAUGAUAACUCUGAAAUUCACUUUUAAUCCUAUUAGUUCGAUUUUAUUAGUUACUUGUAUAGGUCUGCAAUUUGAUAAUGUGAUCUUGUUGAAAGGGCUUCUUACUGUUGGGUUUUCUCCAUGCAAAGUGUGUGUGUGUGCGUGUGUAUGCAUGGUUGGGUGGGUUGGUAAAGGGUGUAUGAGUGCAAUGGUUUGUGUACCCUUUGUGUUUGAUAUUGUGCAUUAAAUCCCUCUUUGGAUCAGACAUAAAAUAAUUUAUUCCUCA